AUGUCUAUGAACCUUCAAGAUCAUAAGGGUUUAACUCCUCCAAUGUCUCUGAACCUUCAAGAUCAUAAGGGUUUAACUCCUCCAAUGUCUCUGAAUCUUCAAGAUCAUCAGAUUUUAACUUCACCAAUGUCUCUGGAUCUUCCCGAUCAUCAUCAGACUCAAUCCUUAAACCCUAGCCAGUUCUCGCUAUUUAUGUACAACCAUGGAGAUGCUACUCUCUCUCAAAUCCCUCUCUCUGCAGCAUCAAAUUUCUACCAAUCUGCAUCCACUCAAUUCACCAAUUACUCUGCAGAACAAGAAUCUGGAUUGAAGAAUCACUUGAUGCAUCAAGAACUUAAUGGUUUUGAUCAGAACAUGUGCAUGAGUGACAUGAUCAACAGCAACAACUUUCAACAUCCUUGCGUCUCAAACACACAAGAUUACUUACAAGAAUCUGUGAAUAAGUAUGAGUUGAAUCAGUUGAUGCAGCAUGAGAUGUAUGGUUAUGACCAGAACAUGUAUACGAGUGAUAUCACCAACCGAAACUUUCAACAUUCUUGUCUCUCAAACACAGUUUCAGAUCAGUUCUGUUCUAAUUUUCAGAAUCCUUAUGGUAACACUAGCUUCCCUCAAGAUUUUCAGGAUAUGUCUUGA